AUGCCCACUGUUUUCUUUACACGCGACCGAGAGCUUGAUGAUACUCUGGAAUCCGAAGCUCACCUCACCUUAAUUUUGGUUGGCGUCGGUCUCGGAAUUCUUGUUAUCGUCACUGCUGCUGUAUACUACGGGUACAGGCUGGUUCGGAUCCUGCGUCCUGCUUGGUGUUUCUGGAGGUUUUCUGGUCCUAUUACGAAUUCGGCUGAUACAGUUGAAGUCAAGAGAUCAGAAUCCGGUACUUCAGAGGUUAACAGCCUAUCAGUAGAUAUGUCUAUGGCCCAAUCGAAACCUUCUUUUAUUCGGAGGCAGACCGAGCCGGAACGUACCCCUCCUUCAUCUCGCAUUCCUUCCUUCUUCAAUUCUAUCCGGAAAAACUCCUCGGUAUCUGUGCCGCGACAACACACAGGCGUGUACACUGGAACAAACAACCGAUCACCCUUUCCUGGCCCACCUCCUGCUGUACGGCUGAACUCUCCUACAACGCCUACGCAAUCCCGCUUUAACAGCCAUGGCGCAACUCCGCACACUUCCCCCGCUCAGCAGGGAAUUGUCACGCCCCAUAUUGCGGCGUGGAUGAAAGUGGCUGACAGCGUCGUUGGACGCCACCCUGACGCGCAGCCGCUCUCAGCGCGCGUCGCGACCCAGGCAGAGAUCGACCUCAUCUCGGGCCACGUACAUGUCCCCUGGGCAUUCAAUGGUCCUGGCCCGUCUGGUUCACAACCUCCCGUCCCCGUCAAGGUGAUGAGACCCGUUUUAUCCGCGCCAGCUUCGGCGAUCGCACCCGCUAUUGGACAAGGUCAUGGACAAGGGCAGCCUCAGACUCAGCCACCUUCCACGAGUUUAGCUACAUCGAUGACGAUGAAACCCAGGCUGGGAUCAAGCGUGCUGAAGGACAUCGGGAACCUGCGGGGCAACCGGGAAAUUUCAACGGCGACUGUCAACAAGACUUCAAAUUCACGGUCGGCGAAAGGCAAGGCAGCUGUCCGUCGUGCUCAUGACCUUGGAAAAGAGAACAUGCCGGCAGUCCCAUCUCCUCUCGCCCAGUCUGGUCGCCAUCGCACCAAUUAA